CAAGGAUAAUAUCGAUUCGGCACAAACUCUGAACGAUAAGGAAUACAAUUUGUUACAACUUGGCAACAGAGAAGAAGAAUAUGGGGGAAAAUGGCGUGGAAGUAGCUGAGCUGGAGAGACGCAUGGAUGAUGAUGAAGAAGUGGAGUUGCAGUGGGCUGCAGUCGAAAGACUACCCACUGUGAAGCGGAUGAGAACCUCCUUGUUUGAUCAAAAGUUGUUAAACGAGGAUUUAGGCAUGAAGGUGAUUGAUGUUACAGGGCUUGGAGCGCUGGAACGCCGUGUUUUUAUUGACCAUCUUAUUACCGUAAUCGAUAAGGACCAUCUCAACCUGUUAAACAGACUGAAAGAAAGAAUGGUCAGGGUGGGUUUGGAACUGCCAACAAUCGAAGUGAGAUUCAAGAAUCUGAAUGUGGAAGCAGAAUGUAAAGUGGUUCAUGGAAAGCCCCAUAUGCCUACUCUUUGGAACACCAUCACAAACAUUUUCUCUGCUAUUAGAAACGUUAAUCGAUGCGUGUCUCAACCAAACAAGAUCAAGAUUCUCGACCAUGUGAGCGGCAUCAUAAAGCCGUCCAGGAUGACGCUGUUGCUUGGCCUUCCCGGUUGUGGAAAAACAACUUUUUUGCAGACACUUGCAGGGAAGCAUGACCCGUCUCUCAAGGUCUCAGGGGAAAUUUCGUAUAAUGGUUACAAGUUCAGUGAGUUUGUUCCUCACAAAACGUCGACUUAUAUAAGUCAAUACGACUUGCAUUGUUCUGACUUGACUGUAAGAGAGACAAUCGACUUCUCAGCACGUUGUCAGGGCAUUGGGAACAGAGCAGAUAUUUUGAAAGAACUCAGUAGACGGGAGAAGCUACUUGGGAUCAUCCCUGAACCUGAUAUAGACACCUAUAUGAAGGCAAUUUCAGUAGAAGGAUUAAAGAGAACACUUCAGACAGACUACAUAUUAAAGAUCUUAGGACUGGAUAUUUGUGCUGAUACAAUAGUGGGAGAUGCAAUGAACCAAGGAAUCUCUGGCGGUGAAAAGAAAAGGCUGACGACAGGGGAAAUGAUGGUUGGUCCGAUCAAAUCACUUUUUAUGGAUGAAAUAUCAACCGGCUUAGAUAGUUCCACCGCCUUUCAAAUUGUAACCUGUCUGCAACAAUUGGCCCAUAUAACAGGGGCCACGAUUUUAAUUUCACUUCUUCAACCAACUCCAGAGAUCUUCGAACUCUUUGAUGACAUUAUUCUAAUGGCAGAAGGAAAAAUUGUAUACCAAGGACCUCGGAGUGAAGUUCAAGAGUUCUUUGAAUAUUGCGGCUUUAGGUGCCCACAACGAAAAGGCCUCGCUGACUUCUUGCAAGAAGUACUCUCCGAAAAAGAUCAAGCACAAUACUGGUUUCAUAGGGACCGACCUUAUAGUUAUUUUUCUACUCACAAAUUUAUAGCUGCAUUCAAGGAGUUUCAUGUAGGACAGAGGCUACAUGAAGAAAUCUACACACCCUUCAACAAAACUGAGAAUCACAAGAAUGCUUUGUCAUUUAACAUCCAUUCAUUGGGAAAAUGGGAGUUAUUCAAAGCAUGUUUGUCUAGGGAAUGGCUUCUUACCAAGCGUAACUCGUGUUUGUAUGUGCUCAAAUCAUCACAGCUUAUUUUUGUGGCAUUGGUAGCUGUGUCAAUAUUUAUACGCACUCGAAUGAAGAUUGAUGAGUUCCAUGCAAGCAAGUUCAUGGCUUGCUUAUUUUUUGGUCUUUUGAGACUUCUGACCAUUGGAAUUCCAGAGUUGGCACUUACUAAUUCCAGGCUUGGCAUAUUCUACAAGCAAAGAGAUUUUUACUUCUAUCCUUCAUGGGCUUAUUCGAUUCCUUCUGCUAUUCUAAAGAUUCCAUUCUCAUUUUUAGAUACUUUUCUUUGGACAACUCUUACAUAUUUUGGGGUUGGCUACAGUCCAGAACCAGAAAGGUUCUUCCGUCAGCUUUUUAUCCAGUUCCUUCUUCAUCAAGUGGCACUCUCAAUUUUUCGAUUGAUUGCUGUUGUAUUUCAAACACUAUCCGUUGCAUCAAUUGUUAGUCAAUUUACAGUGAUGGCAACAUUAUUAUUUAGUGGCUUCAUAAUACCCCUGUCAUCGAUGCCUUUUUGGAUAAAAUGGGGCUUUUGGAUCUCCCCUGUCUCAUAUGCAGAAAUAGGAAUCUCAGUGAAUGAAUUUCUGUCUCCUCGGUGGCAAAAGCUUUCAUCUUCAAAUGAGACUUUGGGGCAUCAGACUCUACUAAAACGUGGGCUAAACUUUGGUGAACACUUCUACUGGAUAUCAGUUGCAGCUUUGAUGGGAAUGUGGUUUCUUGUUAACAUUGCAUUCACCUUAGCUCUUACUUAUUCAAAGCCACAAAAGACUGGGACAUCUCAAGCUAUUGUUUCUCAUAAAAGGUUCUCUUAUCUGAAAAGAAAAGAAGAUUUGAGCAAUUCCAUCCAAGAAAACCAAUUGCCUGGUGUUCAUGUAGCAUCAAAAGUUACGAGUAUGGUUUUACCUUUUGUGCCUAUAACACUAUCAUUUGAGAAUGUGCAUUACUUUGUGGAUACUCCCAAGAAAUUUAGAGAGAAAGUCUUAAAUAAGAAACUACAUCUUCUUCAAGAUAUUUCCGGUGCAUUUAGACCUGGAGUUCUUACAGCAUUGAUGGGUGCCAGUGGAGCUGGCAAGACAACACUGAUGGAUGUUCUAUCUGGAAGAAAAACUGGAGGCUAUACUGAAGGGGAUAUAAGAGUUGGAGGAUACCCCAAAGUCCAAGAGACAUAUGCAAGAGUAUCGGGGUACUGUGAGCAAACUGAUGUACACUCUCCGCAAAUAACAGUAAAGGAAUCAGUGAUAUUCUCAGCUUGGUUACGCCUACCAGCAGAGAUUCCUAGGCAGAAAAGAUUGGAAUUUGUGUCAGAGGUCCUUCAAAUGAUUGAGCUUGAUGAAAUCCAAAAUGCUUUAGUUGGCGUCCCUAGUGUUAGUGGCAUAUCAGCAGAGCAACGCAAACGACUUACUAUAGCAGUAGAGCUUGUUUCUAAUCCAUCAAUAAUAUUUAUGGAUGAACCCACCUCCUGUUUAGAUGCUAGAGCAGCUGCCGUUGUCAUGCGAGUGGUGAAGAAUAUAGUUAAUACUAGGAGGACCAUUGUAUGUACCAUUCAUCAGCCAAGUAUAGACAUCUUUGAGGCAUUCGACGAGAUUAUUUUGAUGAAAAGAGGGGGGCAAAUAAUAUAUUCCGGAGAACUUGGCCAGAAUUCUUGUAAGCUUAUCGAAUACUUUGGGGGAAUACCAGGGGUGCCGAAAAUAAAAGACAACUACAAUCCAGCGACGUGGAUGUUAGAGGUCACAAAUCCUUCUUCUGAAGCUGAACUUGGAGUGGAUUUUGCCCAUAUCUACAAAGAAUCUCAUUUGUAUCAGAGAAACAAAGAGCUAGUUCAAGAGUUGAGAGUUCCAGCACAGGGUUCAAAGGAACUACAUUUUUCUACACGCUUUUCACAAAAUAGAUGGGAACAAUUCAAAACAUGCCUCUGGAAGCAACAUUUGUCUUAUUGGAGAAACCCCACAUAUAACUUGGGGCGCAUGAUAUUAGCCAUGGUAUCAUCUGUGUUAUAUGGAGCACUUCUUUGGAACAAAGGGCAAAAAGUAGAUAAUGACCAGGAUUUGUUCAACAUAAUGGGAUCAACAUAUGUUUUUAUGGUUUGCAUUGGAGCAAGCAACUUGUUUUCGGCUCUUCCAAUCAUAACUAGUCAGCGGACUAUCGAGUACAGAGAACGGUUUGUUGGAAUGUACUCGUCUAAAGUACAUUCGUUAGCACAGGUCAUAAUUGAAAUACCAUAUGUUUUCCUUGAAGCAACUUUGUUCUUGAUAAUUUCAUAUCCGACAGUCAACUUGUAUGGAUCAGCUUUCAAAGUAUCUUGGUAUUGCUAUAACAUUUUCUGUACUUUGCUCACCUACAAAUACAUGGGCAUGGCCAUUGUUUCUUUGUCUCCAACUUACAAAAUGGCCUCAGUAUUUGGGAGUUACUGGAUCAUGAUUGUGAAUUUGUUCUCUGGUUUUCUCAUACCACAACCUGUGUUGCCUAAAUGGUGGGUUUGGUUCUAUUGGAUGGUUCCAACUUCUUGGGCACUGAGAGGUCUCCUUACUUCUCAAUAUGGAGAUAUAAAUAAGGAAAUCAUAGCAUUUGGAGAACGCAAAACUAUCAGUACGUUCUUAGAAAAUCACUAUGGGUUCAAACAUGAGGAUCUGCCCCUUACAGCUAUUUUACUGUGUGCUUACCCGAUUUUCUUUGCCUCUAUUUUUACAUAUUUUAUGGCUAAGCUAAACUUCCAAAGGAGGUGAACUGUAAAUAACGUCAUGCUAUUGCUACCUUCUAAAUUCCGAGACAUCUUUAUCUAUAAACUCAUGUUAAAAUAAAGUUGAUCUUGCAUAAGAA